ACCCUAUUUAAAUCCGUACUGUACGUAAAGAAAGAAAGAAAGAAAGAAAGAAAGAAAGAAAGAGGGUUUGAUUUAAUAUAUAAUGAAUUUUUUGUCCAUAAAUUAAAAUGUUGGGAGUGGGAAAUGAAAUGAACAAAAGAAGAAAUUGAAAUGAGAUAGAGAAAGAUGGAGUAUGAUAAUCGCGAAGCACAGGAUCCGGCCUCUCUAAGCUUUCCCGUUGGUUUGGUUCUUUUGUUAACGUUUUUGUUUUGUAUGUGUUGUUUCUUUUGUUGUUGUCUUCACUGGGAAAAGCUCCGAUCGUUUCUUGGCUGUCCCGAUCAUCUCCACCACCACCAUCCUCCCAUUCCCCCGCCCCACUCCCCCGCCGCCCUCUCCCCGCCCGAUAAGUUUUCGCCUAUUCAUACGAUAUGGAAGGAGAAUCGGCCGCAAAGCGUGUCGGUGUUGAUGCCGGGGGAUGAGGUUCCGAGGUUUAUAGCAAUGGCAUGUCCGCCGUGUGCGACGACGGCGGCGGCGUUGGUGGAAAUUGUAGUACAAAAACCUUCGCAAAGUAUUUCGGAUUCUUCUCUGUAGCUUUCCCCUCUUUUGUUAAUUAAUUAAUUAAUGCUUUCUUUUCUU